AUGUCUACAAGAAAAUUCUACACUCAACCGCCUAAUCUCACACCAUCACAAUUCCCUUUACCUCCCUUCCUUCCCCUUUGUCCACCUCCCCAAACCCCUCCUCCCACCUUGCCCAGACGUCCAAAACUCUCUCCACCACAAGGGUUCACUUCCACCUCUUAUUCUGUUCCAGCUGCUUACCCUCGAAGUACACCAGAUAGUACAGGAACGUUACAUAGAUUCUCCGAACCUUUUCAGCUGACCCCACCUAAAGAGUGGGAGAGUAAGGAAGAACGUCGGGCACGCUUGAACGAAGAAGCAUUGGAAGUUGCAAGGAAGAGGUAUCAUACCAGACGAUGGGGAAUAGAAGAAGCUUUGACUGCUAAACCUCCUGGUUUGUGGUUGGCGGUAGAGAGGUGGAGAAGGGAUGAGGUGGAAGACGGUGAAGGAUUGACUUUGGUCAUGGCUCAUGCUAAUGGGUUUUUGAAGGAGGACUGGCAUCCUACUCUUCAUAGACUACUCGCCAAAUCACCUCCUUCCCAAUCAUCAAUCUUUGGUGAAUCUCCCUUCCCGGUCCUUCCCCUCAACCCCGAUCGCCGAGUCACACCUUUACCAAGUACGACAAGAAUCGACGAUAUCUAUCUUCUCGACGACGUCAUCCAUGCUUCAUCACUAGACUUGAACAAAGGUAAACUAGGUCCUGUACAUUUAUGGUCGGACAGAGGAAGAGAUAUUAUAAAUUUUAUAGAACAUAUCCUUCCUACAUUUUCUGAAGGAGUUCCCUCGUGGGGUUUGGCAUUACCAAAAGGAAGAAAACCAAAAGUGAUAGGAGUAGGUCAUUCUCUCGGUGGAAACGCCAUGAUACAAGCAGCUGCUUAUAGACCGGAUUUGUUUCAUGCAAUGUUCUUGUUGGAUCCAAUGGCUCCUCCUAUAUACAUAGACACUCAACAAGAACCAUCCGAUUUAGCAGCUUGGCCAUUACUCACUUUGUCCGUUAGCAGAAGGUCAAUUUGGCCUUCUCGUCAAUCCGCCGUGGAACACGCUUUGAAGUCAAAUUUCUUUAAACGCUAUCAUCCUGAAGUGUUGGAAAUUUGGAAAUCACACGCUUUGGUAUCUCUUCCUCCCACAUACGCUUCCCAUUCCUCUCUCACGCCAAGUGGCACACCAACUACAGAGGGCACUUCGUCAACCAGCGAGGCAGCAUCCUCCGCCACAACUGUAACGAAUACCGCGAGCAUGACGGCUGAGGAAAAGCCGACAGAAGAAGAAGAAGACGGACCAGUCACACUAGCCACUCCUCCAUGGUGUGAAGCCACUUCCUUCGCCGAAUCUACCGGACUGGCGGAAGGUUGGGAACUUUUACCUAAAGUCACCAUUCCCGCUGGAUUCCUCAUGGCUGGUGAUUCUCGUACGACUUACGGAGAUGAUAUCACGAGGGAAAUGGUAUAUCGAGCUCCGAUCAGUAGAAAUGAAAAGGUCAUAGGAUCAAGUCAUCAGAUCUUACAAGAAAGACCUGAUGAUAUUGCGGAUGCGCUCUGGAGGUUUAUUGGGAAUGUUAUAUUUGCUCAAUCUUCAGAGCGCAAGAUGGAAAGGGCUAAAUUGUAG